UAUAGCAGAGCAUCUGGCUCUAAGAACAUAGCUUAGCUUCCAAUCUGAUUAAUAUUCAUUUCUCUAUGGGAAAGUGUGUAACAGUAAGCUCAAGCUUGGUUCUGGCAGUUUUAGUUGCUCUCACAGUUCAAGUAUUCUACUUCUCACCCAUUGAUCCAGUUUUGCUAGAGAUACCACCUUCACCUUUAACAUCAACCAAAAACAACCAAUUGCAGAAUGUUAUUAAACUUGGAGAAGGACUUCUGAAGCAACCAGAAGAUGUUUGUGUGGAUAAAGAAGGAACUCUCUAUGCUGUUACUCGAGAUGGUUGGAUUAAAAGAUUGCGCAGGAAUGGAAAUUGGGAGAAUUGGAAGCAUAUUGAUAGUCAUACUUUGCUAGGAAUCACAACAGCAAAAGAAGGUGGACUCAUUGUAUGUGAUACUGCGAAGGGUUUGCUCAAAGUUACAGAAGAUGGUUUCAGUGUUCUCAUUUCACAAGUAAAUGGUUCUCAAUUAAGGUUUGCAGAUGAUGUGAUAGAAGCUUCGGAUGGGAACAUAUAUUUCAGUGUUGCUAGUACCAAAUUUGAUCUUGACAAUUGGUAUCUGGAUGUGUUAGAGGCAAGACCUCAUGGACAGCUUCUCAAGUAUAAUCCCACGUCAAAUGAGACAGUCAUUGUCCUUGAUAACUUGGCCUUUGCCAAUGGUGUUGCACUCUCCAAGGACGAAGAUUAUCUUGUGGUCUGUGAAUCUUGGAAAUGUAGGUGUCUGAGGUAUUGGCUGAAAGGAGAAAACAAAGGCAAAAGAGAGAUUUUUAUUGAAAACCUCCCUGGUGGACCUGAUAAUAUUAAUCUUGCUCCUGAUGGGUCUUUCUGGAUUGCUUUGGUUCAGUUUACUUCUGAAGGAAUGGAGUUUGUGCACACAUCAAGGUUAUCCAAGCACUUGCUUGCUUCAUUUCCAAGGCUAAUUAAACUUGUCAACGGAGCAACAAAGAUGGCAACGGUGGUGAAUGUGGCAACUGACGGCAAGAUAAUCAGAAAGUUUGAUGAUAGUAAUGGGAAGGUGAUUACCUUUGUGACUUCAGCUUUGGAAUUUGAGGACCAUCUUUACCUAGGUAGUCUAAAUUCCAACUUUGUUGGAAAAUUACCUUUGCAUAGUGCACCCAAAUAGUGGAG